GCUUGCUAACUUUGUGAACGUUGUAUUUAUUCUGCGACAGCACCGUCGUUUUGAAGGGGAUUCGUGUAUAGCUCGAACCUGCGUGCGCGCGCCCGUGCCUGUGUGUGUGUUGUGCAUACGCAUAUAUAUGUGUGUGUGUUGGUAGAAGGGAGAAAAGGCACGCCCAGAGCCGUGCUCGUCGUCGCUUAGACACCAGUUAACCCUUCAGGUUGCUGUUGUGUUUAUUUCUUUAGCUAAUUAUUGGUAUAUUCGUUCUCUUAUUAAUGUGAACGCUCCUAUAAAGCGCGCGCUUCCAUCGCGCCCCGCGCGCACCGUGGCAGGCAGCGUCUGGCCAGGUUCUAGAGAGGGAGGCUGUUGGGCUAACGGAUCAGUCAGUGCGUGUUCGCGCGUGAAGGGAGCCGUCCGCGCGCCGUGCGCUUUUCGUAUCGAGAUUUCGGUGCGCUCGAGGCUGUGAACGGACCUAGACGUCAACAUGGCGCCAGCUCCUGCUGAUGAAGCCGCUGAUGUAGCUACAGAAGCCCCCCGUGUGACAGUAGGCUAGCUGGUCCGGCUGCAGGAGCAGGAUGUCAAUAUGGCUGCAACGCUGCUUGUUCCUCCCGGACCUGACAGCUUCCGGCGCUUCGUUCCUGAAUCCCUUGCUGCCAUCGAGCGGUGCAUCGCAGAGGAGGCGGCCCGUCGUCCAAAAGGAGAGAGACGCAGCGACGACGAUGAUGAGAAUGGGCCCAAGCCCAACAGCGACCUGGAGGCGGGGAAAUCCUUGCCUUUCAUCUAUGGGGACAUCCCGCCAGGCCUGGUGUCCGUCCCUCUGGAGGACCUGGACCCCUAUUACCAGAACCAGACGACCUUUAUAGUAUUGAAUCGUGGGAAGGCGAUAUUCCGCUUUAACGCCACGCCUGCCCUCUACUUCCUCAGCGCCUUCAACCCUCUGAGGAGAGUCGCCAUUAAAGUGCUGGUGCAUUCGAUGUUCAGUUUUGUGAUCAUGUGCACCAUUUUGACCAACUGCGCCUUCAUGACGCUCAGCAACCCCCCAGAAUGGGCUAAGAAUGUGGAGUACACAUUCACAGGGAUUUACACGUUUGAGUCUCUGAUUAAGAUCCUAGCCCGGGGAUUCUGUGUGGGGCACUUCACGUUCCUGCGAGACCCUUGGAACUGGCUGGACUUCAGUGUCAUCGUCAUGGCAUAUGUAACUGAAUUUGUGGAUCUGGGCAAUGUCUCUGCACUGAGAACCUUCAGGGUUCUACGAGCACUCAAAACUAUUUCAGUCAUCCCAGGCCUGAAGACGAUUGUGGGCGCUCUCAUCCAGUCGGUGAAGAAGCUGUCGGAUGUGAUGAUCCUGACUGUCUUCUGCCUCAGUGUGUUUGCACUAAUUGGCCUGCAGCUGUUUAUGGGGAACCUGCGGCAGAAGUGUGUUAGGUGGCCGCAGUCCAAUGGUACACAGAACUACAGCAUGGAGCUGAAUCUGUAUAAUAGUACCUUUAACUGGACCGAGUACAUCCUCGAUGACCGUAAUUAUUAUUACCUCCCCAACCGCAGGGAUGCUUUGCUGUGUGGGAACGCCAGUGAUGCAGGGCAGUGUCCCGAAGGCUAUACGUGCAUAAAGGCCGGACGGAACCCUGACUACGGCUACACAAGCUUUGACACCUUCAGCUGGGCCUUCCUCUCCCUCUUCCGCCUCAUGACGCAGGACUUCUGGGAGAAUCUCUACCAGCAGACCCUGCGAGCUGCUGGGAAGCCCUACAUGGUGUUCUUCGUGCUGGUGAUUUUCCUAGGCUCUUUCUACCUUGUGAAUCUGAUUCUGGCUGUGGUGGCCAUGGCUUACGAUGAGCAGAACCAAGCUACCAUUGAGGAGGCGCAACAGAAAGAGGAGGAGUUCCAGGCCAUGCUGGAGCAGCUCAAACGGCAGCAGGAGGAGGCACAGGUUGCUGCGGCAGCGGCGACAGAGAGCGGCGAGUACAGCGGGAGGGGUGGGCUGUCGGAGGAGAGUUCCUCAGGGGGGUCCAGACUCAGCUCCAAGAGUGCCAAGGAGCGGCGGAAUAGGCGGAAGAAAAGAAAACAGAGGGAGGAGGAGGAGGAAGAAGAGAAGGCCGACCAGGAAAAGUUCCACAAGUCAGAGUCGGAGGACAGCAUCCGCCGGACCGGGUUCCGUUUCUCCAUCGACGCCAACAGGCUGUCCUAUGAGAAGAAGUGUUCCACCCCAAAUCAGUCUCUUCUCAGUAUCCGGGGCUCUCUGUUUUCUCCGAGGAGGAACAGUCGCGCGAGUUUGUUCAGCUUUCGCGGUAGAGCGCGAGACUUCGGCUCUGAAAACGACUUCGCAGAUGAUGAGCACAGUACGUUUGAGGACAGUGACAGUCGGCGAGGGUCGCUCUUCGUGCCACGACGCAUCGAAAGGAGGAACUCGACCGUCAGUCAGUGCAGCCUUGCCGCCCCCAGAAUCAUGCUGCCAGCCAAUGGGAAGAUGCACUGCACAGUGGACUGCAAUGGAGUGGUUUCGUUGGUGGGCGGGACCUCUGUGCCUACAUCACCAAUUGGCCGAUUGCUUCCCGAGGUACAACUCACAUUAGGCACAACUACAGAGUCUGAAGCUCGGAAGAAGCGGUCAGGGUCACAUCAGACCUCAGACUACUUGGAUGAAACAGUGGCAAGAAAGAGAGCUAUGAGUGUGGCCAGUAUUCUCACAAACACCAUGGAGGAGCUAGAGGAGUCCAGACAGAAGUGUCCACCCUGCUGGUACAAAUUCGCAAAUAGCUUCCUAAUCUGGAACUGCUGUCCGAUGUGGCUGAAGGUGAAGACCAUUGUGAAAAUGAUUGUGAUGGACCCGUUUGUAGACCUGGCCAUCACCAUCUGCAUCGUCCUCAACACGCUCUUCAUGGCCAUGGAGCACUACCCCAUGACCAAAGAGUUCAACGACGUGCUCUCUGUUGGAAACCUGGUGUUCACAGGGAUCUUCACAGCUGAGAUGUGCCUGAAAGUCAUUGCGCUGGACCCAUACUACUAUUUUCAGGAGGGCUGGAACAUCUUUGAUGGCAUCAUUGUGAGCUUAAGCUUGAUGGAGCUGGGCCUGGCCAAUGUGGAGGGUCUCUCUGUGCUCAGGUCCUUCCGAUUGCUGAGAGUGUUUAAGCUGGCCAAGUCGUGGCCCACUCUGAACAUGCUGAUCAAGAUCAUCGGAAACUCAGUGGGUGCCCUGGGUAACCUGACCCUGGUCCUGGCCAUCAUCGUCUUCAUCUUCGCAGUGGUGGGCAUGCAGUUGUUUGGGAAGAGCUAUCGUGAGUGUGUGUGUAAGAUCGCAGAGGACUGUGAGCUGCCGCGCUGGCACAUGGUGGACUUCUUCCACUCCUUCCUGAUCGUGUUCCGUGUGCUGUGUGGAGAGUGGAUCGAGACCAUGUGGGACUGCAUGGAGGUGGCCGGACAGACCAUGUGCCUCAUCGUCUUCAUGCUGGUCAUGGUGAUCGGGAACCUGGUGGUGCUGAACCUCUUCCUGGCCUUGCUGCUGAGCUCUUUCAGCGCCGACAACUUGGCAGCCACCGACGACGACAGCGAGAUGAACAAUCUGCAGAUCGCCGUGGGCCGCAUCCAGAAAGGCAUCGCCAUGAUCAAGUCAGCCGUGCGGCAGUUCCUCCAGAGCAUCUUCCUGGCAGGCCGCAAACCAGGGGCUCUAGAUGAGGAGAAGCCGCUGGACGACCUCCACAGCGACGGCAAAGAGAACUGCCUGACCAAUCACGCACCGGUGGUUGUCGACCUGGGCAAGGACUAUCUUAAGGAGGACUGUGUCUCCCCUGGAAACGGGGUGGAAGGGCAUGUAAAGUACGGCAUCGAGGAGGGGGACUACAUGUCGUUCAUCCACAACCCCAGCCUCACGGUCACCGUGCCCAUCGCGGUGGGAGAGUCGGACUUUGAGAAUCUGAACACAGAAGAUUUUAGCAGCGACUCGUCUGACGUGGAGGGGAGCAAAGAGAAACUUCCUGAGGACAAUGUACUCAGCUCAUCUGAAGGGAGCACGGUGGACAUCCGACCUCCUGGAGAGGGGGCUGAAUCUGUUGAGCUAGAACCAGAAGAGUCACUGGACCCGGAGGACUGCUUUACUGAAGGCUGUGUGAUGAGGUUUCAGUGUUGCCAGGUGGACAUAGAGAAGGGAAAAUGGAAGAGCUGGUGGACUCUGAGGAAGACGUGCUUCAUCAUCGUCGAGCACAACUGGUUUGAGUCCUUCAUCAUCUUCAUGAUCCUCCUGAGCAGUGGCGCUCUGGCAUUUGAGGAUAUCUACAUAGAGCAGCGGAAGACGAUAAAGACUGUUCUGGAAUAUGCUGAUAAAGUCUUCACCUACAUCUUCAUCCUGGAGAUGUUGCUGAAAUGGGUGGCAUAUGGCUUCGUCAAAUACUUCACCAAUGCCUGGUGCUGGCUCGACUUCCUCAUUGUAGAUGUGUCUUUGGUCAGUCUGGUUGCAACUGCUUUAGGUUACUCUGAGCUAAGUGCCAUUAAAUCACUGAGGACCCUGCGUGCUCUGAGACCAUUAAGAGCGCUGUCACGUUUUGAGGGCAUGAGGGUUGUGGUAAAUGCUCUGCUUGGCGCCAUUCCCUCCAUUAUGAACGUGCUGUUGGUGUGCCUGAUCUUCUGGCUCAUCUUCAGCAUCAUGGGCGUCAACCUGUUCGCCGGCAAGUACUACCACUGUGUCAACAGCACCACAGACGAGAUGUUUCCCAUUAGUGAAGUCAACAACAAAUCAGAGUGCUUGGCCCUCAACGAGAGCGCUCGCUGGAAAAACGUCAAGAUCAACUUCGACAAUGUGGGAGCUGGAUACCUGGCCCUGCUGCAAGUGGCUACAUUUAAAGGCUGGAUGGACAUCAUGUAUGCAGCAGUGGACUCUCGGAAUGUAGAGGAUCAGCCAGACUAUGAAGUGAACCUCUACAUGUAUCUGUAUUUCGUGAUCUUCAUCAUCUUUGGCUCCUUUUUCACACUCAACCUCUUCAUUGGUGUGAUCAUCGAUAACUUCAACCAGCAGAAGAAAAAGUUUGGAGGUCAGGAUAUCUUCAUGACAGAAGAGCAGAAGAAGUAUUACAAUGCCAUGAAGAAGCUAGGCUCAAAGAAACCGCAGAAACCCAUCCCCAGACCUACGAAUAAGUUCCAAGGCCUUAUUUUUGAUUUGAUCACCAAGCAAGCCUUUGACAUUAUCAUCAUGAUCCUGAUCUGCCUAAACAUGGUGACAAUGAUGGUGGAGACAGAUGACCAGACGAAAGAGAUGGACAAUAUCCUGUACUGGAUUAACCUGGUCUUCAUCGUUCUCUUCACUGGCGAAUGUGUGCUCAAAAUGGUUUCCCUGCGACACUACUUCUUCACUGUUGGCUGGAACGUGUUUGACUUUGUGGUUGUGAUUUUGUCAAUUGUUGGUAUGUUCCUCUCGGAGGUGAUUGAGAAGUACUUUGUAUCACCCACCUUGUUCCGAGUCAUCCGUCUGGCUAGGAUCGGCCGCAUUCUCCGUCUCAUCAAGGGGGCCAAGGGCAUCCGUACCCUCUUGUUCGCCUUAAUGAUGUCCCUUCCUGCUCUUUUCAACAUUGGUCUCCUACUCUUCCUGGUCAUGUUCAUCUAUGCCAUCUUCGGCAUGUCCAACUUUGCCUUUGUGAAGCACGAGGCCGGCAUCGACGACAUGUUCAACUUCGAGACGUUCGGCAACUCCAUGCUGUGCCUCUUCCAGAUCACUACGUCGGCCGGCUGGGACGGUCUGCUGGCGCCUAUCCUGAACAAGCGUGAGCCUGACUGCGACAGCGAGACAGAGCACCCAGGCAACUCGUAUCGCGGCGACUGCGGCAACCCCUCGGUGGGCAUCUUCUUCUUUGUUAGCUAUAUCAUCAUCUGCUUUCUGAUUGUUGUCAACAUGUACAUCGCAGUCAUCCUGGAGAACUUCAGCGUCGCCACUGAGGAGAGUGCAGAACCACUGAGUGAAGAUGACUUUGAGAUGUUCUAUGAGGUAUGGGAGCGAUUUGAUCCCAACGCCACGCAGUUUGUGGAGUAUGACAAGCUGUCUGACUUUGCCGACUCUCUAGACCCUCCGCUGCGCAUACCCAAGCCUAACAAGAUCCAGCUGAUCGCCAUGGACUUGCCCAUGGUCAGCGGUGACCGCAUCCACUGCCUGGACAUCCUGUUUGCCUUUACCCUUCGGGUCCUCGGGGAGGAGGGCGAGAUGGAUGCGCUGCGUGGCCAGAUGGAGGAGCGCUUCAUGGCCUCCAAUCCCUCUAAGGUGUCGUAUGAGCCCAUCACCACCACGUUGCGCCGCAAGCAGGAGGAAAUGUCGGCCAUCAUCAUACAGAGAGCCUUUCGCCACUACCGAAUCCGGUUAACCGUAAAGAAAGCUUCGGACAUGUACCGGCAGAGGCUGAAGGACGGUGGCGAACAGCCGGCCGAGAAAGAGGUGCUCGUGAUCUGCAAAUUCCACGAAAAUUCUGCGUCGGACAAGACUGACAUGACCCCAUCCUCUGCCUCGCCGCCCUCCUACAACAGCGUGGCAAAGUCAGAGAAGGACAAGUAUGAGAAGGAGAGGCGUGAGAAGGAGGACAAUGCGAAAGACAAUGCACGUGGAAAGAAGAAAUGAAGACUUCAAAAGGUCCGCAUUUGAGCAGAAGAAAGAAACGAAAGGAAGGACCAAAUAGGGACACUUCGCUGUUUCAAUGAGACACUGUUUACAGAUCCAUCGGAGACAUGGUGUGUGGACUUCCUUACAAGGUUUUGGUGGGACCAUGCCAAACAGAGCGUGUGCUUGGAUGUGUGUGUGUGUGUACGUAUACGUAUUGCUGUGUGUGGUGGAGGAUGUGUGGGUGCACAGGGACGGACUGAUCCCCAAGUCUGUGUUGGGAAGGUAGAGCACAACACAUUCACAACACAAGGACUUCAACACUUAACAUUUCGAUCACACACAUGCUCUCACGUGCACACACACACGCUGUUUCCCACGCACACACACGUGGACGUGCACACUGACGAGUGUGACUGUGACUGUUAAGAAGGACAGGACUUAUAGGGAAUGGCUUGGCUUGUGCAGAGCGUGUGGGUUUGUCUUUUCAUUUCGAGUGUUGUGAAACAAUCCUGAGGACUGUAGGGAACUGUUACGCGGUCAUCAGUAGCUAGUACUGCCACUACCACUGGUGUCCUUCUUCUUUCUGAUUAUUAUUAUUAUAUAUACCUGCACAUUUUUGUUACAUUAGCUCGUUUUUUUAAACUUGACACCAUGUCAAAUUUUCUAGUCAUGAGUUUGAUUGUGUGCACUGUUUCAUUACAAAGGGCAAGUCCGUGAAAAGGGAUAUGGGAAACGGAAGCUAAAGAAGGCAUCUGAUGGUCCAUCUUUAACAGAUCACACAUGAAUGACAUCUGUUAACAUGUGGAACACAAAAAUUUCAAUUACAGGAUCGUGUGUCUGUGUCUCUGAAUCACUCUUGAGGUUGAAUGGCCUCCUUGUUGUGAGCACAAGGCUUUUUUUGAGGUUCGGGUGUUUUGCUGCCUCUGGGAUAGCGGGAAUGUUUUACAUAAUCAUAGCUAGAGAUGUAUUGCUGCGCUGCCUUAUUUAACACAAAAAAAACAAACAAGAAAAGACAAAAAACAAAAAGUGUAACAAGCAGUCGAUUCUAGAGUAAGCGAGGGAAGCUCAAAUCUCACGUAUUUUCACCAAGUGAGUCAGCAAGGUAAAUAUGUCUCACUAUGGUGGUUGAGACUCCUCAAAGAACAACCUUUUACGUAUGGGAAAUAAUUCUGAGUUGAUUAGGAGUAAAACACCACAUGCUCUCCCCCUCCUGGUUAACGUAAGUUUGGCAGACUCACCUAAUGAACUCACGCCUGAAUGUCCACUCCUGUGAAACGCCGAACAAAAUCCCUGGGCAGAGUUCCCCAAAGAUCAUCGUAACAAAGAUCAUCAGAACGGCUACAAAGAGGGUGUUCAAAUGGUACUAAUUCUCUCUACCGUCCUUAAUGUGAUCUGCGUACUGUGCUGCAUCGCUUCUGGGAACCCAAAGUCCACAACAGUAAUGUAACCUUAUUGAAUGUCUUUCUUCUCAAACCUCUCUCUUAGACUCUUUGUUUUUUAUCAGAUCAAAAAAGAAAGAAAGAAAGAGAAAAUAGCUUCCAAAAACGAGCAUUCCAUGCAGGUCAACUACUAGGGCUGUGUAUUGGCAGGAACUAGAUGAUACAACAUGUAUCACGAUAUAGGGGAUACGAUUCAAUGUAUUGCAAUAUAUGGCGAUACUGUAAGAAAUGCGAUAUAUUGCGAAUGUUUAAUCACAUUUUAGAAAAAAAAGAACUGUCAUAGUAUAAAAUCAUGUUUAUAAAAUCUAAGUAAAAGAAAAGUAUCUAUUUAUGCAACUAUAACAGAGGCAUCUAACAACAGAUUACAACGCUGUCCUCUAGUGCUCGGGGUUUGAACACAAAAUAAAGCACCAAUCUUUACAUAUAAACAAAUAAUUCAAAAUCAAUACUGUGUUUUAAAAUCGAUAGAGUAUUGCGAAACUCAAUAUUCCGAUACUUUGAUGUAUCGCUGUUUUCUUACACCCCUAUCAGCUAGUGGGAAAACUUGCAGCUCAAAGAACAACCGAUCUCGUUGUUUCGAAACUCGUGGAAAAAGCAGAGCAGAGCAGUAUCGGCUGGUUUUAAACAUUGCAGUGAUGAUAUCAGCUCUUCUGUUAGAACUUGUGACCCGGUGGUGAAUCUGUAUGUACAUAUUGGCACUCUGUAUCUCACCUCUGUACUCAACACUGUAGAGGAGCACUUUUACAUGCCACUAAAACUGCCAUCUGGAUGCAUAUUAUCCAUAUUAUGUGAGUGUGUGUGUGUGUGUGAGGGUGUGUGUGAGUGUAUGCACAGAGAGAGACAGAGAGAUAUAUAGUAUAUAUGUGUGUGAGACAGAGAGCUAGUAUAUAUGUGACUGUACUGGGACCAGCAUUGAUGUGCUUUAUUCCCAUUCUCUUGUUCAAUGUUUAUAUUGUAAAUAGUAGUUUAAAGCUCAUGUUUUUCUUUUCUUUUUAUUUUCUUUUAUUUAUUAACCGAUUUUGUUUACAUUUUUUGCACAGUGCUACAGUAUGUGUGAGGGUCAGGUCCCGGUUUUAAAUGUAAAUAUGAAAUUUAUGAAGCAAUCAGUGGUGGUCAUAUUUCAUUCGUAGUGUUGUAGUAAACUGCAUGCACUAUACUAACCAACUACAUGGUGACAUUAUUUUAAAAAGCCAAAAGAAUAAAGAUCAUAUUUUUUGUACCAAAGUAUACUUAAUUUCCUCAUCACUAUCUGUCACACAAUAUUCUAUCACUGAUCCCCAAAAUGUACCGAAAGAUUUUUAUCUCUAUCUCUGAGAAAUGCAUACUUUGUUUUUGUUACAUCGAAAUGUAUUCUGAGUUGAAUAUCUGUGACCUUAUUUUUGGGUUCGUUUGGUUUUGUUUUGUUUUUUCAAAAUGUGCAAAAUGCUUUUUUUUUCUUUGAACCAGAGAAAAGAGGUUUCAGACGUACACUGUAGUUUUCCAAAAUAAAGCAUAUUUUGGGAAGCCAAUA